UUGUCUAAAGUGGUUUCGAAGAAGUCGGGGAUUGCUCGCCUUUUACAUGUUUCUACUGUCCCUUCUGCUACGAGGUACACUGGUGUUCGAAAUUCAAGAAUAAUAGCCAGUAUUGGUAGCUAUAAAAAGCCACAGCUCAAUCCAAAGCAGUUAUGCUUGGACGCUAAACUGGUCCGAGCGGUUAACUUUACCAGUACUUAUCGGUCUCAAAUGCAGGUAUCGAUGACAUUCUCCUGCUACUUGAUCAUUUUGGGAACAUUGGAACGAUAUCUGAUCACGCAAAGAUCCAGUUGUCUGAAGUGGUUUCGAAGAAGUCGGGGAUUGCUCGCCUUUUACAUGUUUUUACUGUCCCUUCUGCUACGAGGUACACUGGUUUUCGAAAUUCAGCUGGAUCGGAAUGGCGACUGCACGGGAAUUUCUGAAUACAUUCCUGGACUCACGGAUAUUGUCCAUACCGUUUGGUAUGGUACAGUCUUUCGAUUUUACAUCAGAAACAUCAUGACAGUAUUUGUGCCCUUCUUUCUAUUGGCCUAUCUCAACUACCGGAUUGUCAGUACUCUCCGCAAUCAACAACGUUCAGCGGAAAUGUUCCGUUUCUCUAGUGAUCAUAAGAGUAAAAUUCGAUCCGCCACACUUCUUUUGGUUAUGAUCGUAUGUUCAUACCUGCUCGCAAACAUUCUCAAUGUUCUAAUUACAUUAUGGGAGUAUGUUGCCUUCCAAUCUACUCAAACCCAGGAAGCUUAUGUG